UUUCACUGCUCGGCCAUUACAGGUUUAAUUAAGCUAAUGAGGCUACAGAUAUUUCUCAGGAGUGGCUUUGAAGGAAAAUGAAAUCAGCCCCUCCACCAUCCCCUCAUCUCACGCACCACGCUCACUAUAAAAGACGGGGGCAAUGUUGGGAAUCGGUUAAAGGAGCUCUACAGCGGCAAGAAAACCAACUACAGCACUUUCUUCAGAUAAUCACUAGACACGCUUCGACGCUAUGAUGUCGCCCACUCUCCUGGCUCUUUGCCUGCUGGUUUGUAUCCUCUCAGGCAUCAAUGCAUAUCCAGUCAAGCCUGCUAGUCCCCAGGAAGGAGCCCCGCCUGAAGACCUUGCCAAGUACUACUCUGAUCUGAGACACUACAUAAAUCUCAUUACAAGGCAGAGGUAUGGUAAAAGAGAAAAUCCAGACACUGUAUUUUCUGAUUUGUUCAUGGGAGAAAGCACAGAAACAGUUCCAAGAUCUAAUUAUAUCAGAUACGAACGGCUCCCAGGGUGGUGACUGUGCCUGCACCAUCAAGUCCAGGAGAAUCUUAAAGAUUUUUGGAUAUUUCUGUUACCAACCUAAAAACAUACGUGUGUUGCAUGAAAUAAACUUCUUUUGCCAAUCCUUCUUGCUGUGA